AUGAGAUUAAGAUUCUCUUUCUUCACUUCCACCUUGGAUCGAUUCAUUGACCAGAGGCCGAUUCUCACCUACGCCGCCAUCUGGACUUCAAUCCUUAUAGCUACGGUUUCCGCCGCCUCAUUCGCGCCUGAAAUGGCUUUCCUAUGGGCGAUCAAUCCGAAUUCCUCCUUCUCAACUCUCUGUGGAUCUGGAUUCGGACCGUCCGGUUCAGUACGUGUUCCAAUCGACCUUCCUGGCGAAAUCCUAUGCAUUCCGCCUCACAUGUUGCAGCGCACGAAAGUAGACGUGGUUGUUCCGCCGAUAUUCGCCGCAACAAUGGUUGCCGCCUCCGCUUUUGCAGUCCGAGCGCUUGGAUUGUGGGAAGUAGCCGAUGAAUUUCAUUGA